AUGGAUACAGCUUCGGCUACUACAAUGAAAGCCCUCAACUUCCUUGCAACUUCAACCACCCAAAGAACUAACUUCACCUCUCAAACUCUACCCACUAAAUCAAACUCCCACUCUCUUCAUCUCCAAAGCUCAAACACCAGAAGAAGCAGAGCCAUCUCCCUCAGUCGCUGCUCCACAAAGCCAGACACAGACACCGACAACCAGAAAGACCAAAAUUCGACCGUUGAGCCCAAUUUAAAUUCCAAACCCCUAAACCCUUCCCCACCCACUUCAAUUGAUCAACUUUCUACUCCUGCAUCAUCAUUUCCUUGUUCUAAAGGAUUGGUGUUCGAUUUGGGCGUGGAGAGUUCAUGGGACGGAGCCGGAGUUGGGUCCCCAGUUGUAAAGAGAUUCCUUGGCGACGAGGAAGAGAGAUGGUACAUGUGGUAUCACGGCCGGUCCGAUUCAAAUCCCGGUUCGGAUUCGAUUGGAUUAGCGGUUUCGAGUAAUGGGGUUCACUGGAACCGAGGAAGAGGAGCGGUUCAGUCGAGCCAGGAUGUUGGUUUGGUGAUGAGUAGCGGCAAAGAUUGGUGGGCAUUUGAUACUUUAAGCAUUAGGCCUUCCGAGGUUGUGGUCAUGUCGAGCUCAAAGGUUAGAGCUUCUAGUGCUGUUUAUUGGCUUUAUUACACUGGUUAUAGUCCGGAGAAGGCGGAGAUUUCUGAGGUUCCGAUCGGUUUGGAGAAUCCGGAACGGUCCGGGGAGGUGUUCAAGUCUUUGCCUGGCUUGGCAAUCAGCCAAGAUGGGAGGCAUUGGGCUAGAAUUGAAGGAGAGCAUCAUAGUGGGGCUUUGUUUGAUGUGGGGUUGGAGAAGGAGUGGGAUUCUUCUUUCAUUGCUGGGUCUCAUGUUGUGUUUCAUAAGAGAGGGGAUCUUAGAAUGUAUUACCAUUCAUUUGAUUUGGAGAGUGGGCACUAUGGCAUUGGGAUUGCAAGGUCUAGGGAUGGGAUGAAGUGGAUCAAAAUGGGGAAGAUAAUUGGGGGAGGGAGGAAUGGUGGGUUUGAUGAGUUGGGGGCAAUGAAUCCUUGUGUGGUUAGGAAAAGGGGAGGUGGGGAGUAUUUGAUGGCAUAUGAAGGUGUUGAUGGGAAUGGAGGGAGGAGUAUUGGGUUGGCAAUUUCAAGAGAUGGGCUGAAGGAGUGGACAAGGUGUGGAGAUGCGGUGGUGUUGAAGUCAUCGGAAGGAUCAGGGUGGGAUAGCAAAGGGGUUGGGUCACCAUGCUUGGUUCAAAUGGAUGGGGAAGAAGAUGAGUGGAGGUUGUAUUAUAGAGGUGUUGGGAAUGGGGAACGAACAGGGAUUGGAAUGGCGGUUUCAGAAGGGAGUGAUUACAGAAGGUUUAGACGAUGGGAAGGAUUUCAUUUGCAAGAUUGA